GAUUAUCACGUUAUUCUUCUGCUGAAGGAAAACGAUCCCAUCACAAAUGCCAAAAAGAUGUGGGUGUAUGACCUUGACACCACUCUCCCGUUCCCAUGUGAUAUCGAAACUUACGCCUAUGAAGCUUUGAUUCCCGUAGCAGUUCCUCAAUAUCAACGCAAGUAUAGAGUUGUUCCAUCAGAAGUGUUUCUCAAGGUGUUUGCCUCGGAUCGAAGUCACAUGAAAAAACCCGAUGGCACAUGGAUUUCAGAUCCGCCAAACUAUUCGCCAAUUUCUUCUCCCGAAUCGGCCAUGAAUCUCCACGAAUUUCUUAGCAUGACAGAGAAUCUGAAAUCUGAGGAGUACGGUGAGGUUUUGGAUGAAAAAGAUUUUCUGAAAUUUUGCAAUGUUCAACGUUCAGACCGUGUGUGA